AUGUACCGGGAGGCGAAGGGCGUCUACAACUGGCUUGCGACGUUGGCGAUCAGUGUGGCCACGGCAUUGAGCGCUUUCAGUCCGGCACGGUGCUUCGCUCGACCGUCCUCGAAGCGCUACUCCAAGCAGACCCCGCAGAUCGGCAUGGUGAAGGUCGGACCCGGCGGUGGUCCUGCGGCGGCCGGACCACGGCGGGUAGCCCUCACCCGCAAACCAAGCGGCAGCGAUCCGGUGCUGCGGGAGCUACGCCGGGUGCGUGAAGAGAAUGCUCGCCAGCAACACCAGCACGACUACUCGCACGUGUUCAGGAAGAAAUCGCGUUGCGACUUCGCCCGGCUGUCAUUCGUUAUCAUGGGCAUCGAGAUGGUGUACUCGGCGGAAACGGCCUUCGUCACGCCGAUACUGCUUGGGAUCGGCAUCGAGCACCGGUUGAUGACGAUCGUGUGGGGCGUUUCGCCCCUGAUCGGGCUGCUCGUGUCCCCGGUACUGGGCACGCUCAGCGAUCGCUGCCGCUCCCGGUAUGGCCGCCGUCGCCCGCUACUACUGACGCUCGGCAUCGGACUCGUUCUCGGAUGUCUUUUGCUGCCAUUUGGAGAAACUAUCGGCCACUGGCUAGGAGAUGUCGGGGAGCCACCGGAACCGGUGAUCAACAACACGGUGACGGGGACGAAGAUGAGCAACAGCUACCAGACGUCGGCAGCGGCCACCGUCGGUGACCACCGGUGGGCGAUAGUGUUCACCAUCCUCGGCACGAUCAUGCUGGACUUUUGCGCCGAUUCGUCGCAGGCCCCCUCGAUGGCAUACCUGCUGGAUGUCAGCCUUCCAGAGGACCACGGACAGGCGUGCGGUACCUAUUCGCUACUAUCGGGCAUCGGUGGUUCCAUCGGGUACGUCCUUGGGUCGAUCGACUGGGAAGGGACGGUGUUGGGCGAUCUGCUCGGCGGUAACAUCAGCACCGUGUUUAUCCUCGUCACGGCCAUCUUCGCCCUCUGCCUAACCGUGACCGUGUGUAGCUUCCGCGAGAUUCCACUUCCGCUGAUGGAACGGGACGAGCUACUGCAACCCCUCACGGAUCGGAUCGUGGACGAGGAGCGAGAGAGCGGUACCACGGCCGGAUUGGCCCCGGUCAAGGAUGUGGCCGAUGCGCUCGUUCUGCAGCUGGAGAACGACAUCGAGCUCUCGGGGCACCGCGAUCAUGCGGACGAGUCUGAGUCGAUGGAGAAAAGACCGCUGCUUCUGGACGAUGAUGAUCAAGCCGCGCCAAGUAGCUCGAGGAGAUCCCGGAGGAACUUCCUGAAGCGAGCCUUCCGGAUACCGGCCACGCUGGGCGUGCUGUGUGUAACGAACCUGUUCUGCUGGAUGAGCCACAUCAGCUACUCGCUCUACUUUACCGACUUUGUCGGCGAGAAGGUGUUCGGCGGUGACCCGAUGGCGCACUCUGACUCGGACGCGUACGCACUGUACAUCGAGGGCGUGCGGUACGGGUGCUUCGGGAUGGCCAUCUGCUCCAUCGCCUGCUCGACCUACUCGUACACGAUCGAGCGACUGAUCGUGCUGAUGCGGGCCCGCACGAUCUACACCGGUGGGCUACUGAUCGACUUCCUGGGGAUGCUGUGUAUGGCCGCUUUUCCCAACCGGAUCACCGUGUACGUGUUCAGCGCGACGGCCGGCAUCACCGGGGCACUGCUCUUCACGAUGCCGUACAUCAUUCUGGCAAAGUACCACGCCAAAGGGCUGCUCGAAGCGAGCAGCGAUACGAACGCAACGCAACCCCGCCGCGGACUGGCAUCGGACAUUUCGGUGAUCGGUAGCAUGCUUUUCGUCGCCCAGAUUAUCCUGUCCGUGACGACGGGUCCACUGGUGGCGUGGACCGGUACGACCGCCUCGGUCAUCUACACGGCGAGCGGCUGCAGUCUUCUGGCGGCCCUGUGCGCCACGCAGGUCCAGUAUCUGGAUCUCUAGCUCGGUCAGAUCAGUUACCUACAUUGUGAUACUGUUGCUCCAGAACAGCACCUCGGGCCAAAUACACUAUCCAGUAAGCGGAAUUCGGGAUAGGCGAAAGUGCCAGUUUGAUGUAGCUGGGAUCUGGUGACGUGGUCUGUGUGACCCAAAACUCCACUCUAGUAGUAGCCUGCGUACCUUGCGUAGAUGGCGUAUGUUUUUAAGAACAUACCCCGGACCCAGAUUGUUGUAGAACUUAAAUACCAACCGACCGUGGUAAGAAACGAAUAGUGAGGUCGUCAUAGGCUUACG